AUGCAGACGAUGGAUCCUCCUGCUCAGCCGCAGAACCAGCAGAUGGUGAGCUUCAGCUUUAGCAGUCAGAUGUCUAGAGAAGACGAGGAGAUGGCUCGUUCUGCUCUCUCUGCGUUUAGGGCUAAAGAGGAUGAGAUCGAGAAGAGGAAAAUGGAGGUUCGUGAACGAGUCAAGACUCAAAUGAGUCGGGUCGAGGAAGAAACCCGACGUCUCGCCAACAUCCGCGAGGAGCUUGAGUCUAUGGCAGAUCCAAUGAGGAAGGAAGUUGCUUGGGUGCGCAAGAAGAUUGAUAGCGUCAACAAAGAACUCAAACCAUUAGGUGCAACUGUUCAAAAGAAGGAAAGAGAGUACAAAGAAGCAUUGGAUACAUUCAAUGAGAAGAAUCGUGAGAAAGUUCAGCUUCUCACCAAGCUAAUGGAGUUGGUUGGAGAAAGCGAGAAGCUGAGAUUGAAGAAGCUUGAGGAGCUUAGCAUGAGCAUGCAAACUGAGUGAUUCCCUAUCUCAAAGACCAACUAGUCAGGAACUAACUGGGCUUAUUAGGGUUGUGUUAUGGUUCUAGUUAUUUUCAUGAUGUUUUUGUGGGUGUUUAUGCUUUUGAUUAACCAUAUUAGGGAAGGCACAUGUAAUGUGAGGUAACGCUGAAUGUUAAAG